GUACUAGAAUUAAAAAUAAUAAUUCAAAAGAUAAGGUGACGUGGCGAAAAUCAGAAAUUUUCGAUAUCUCUCUGUCUCUCGUCUUCUUCGUCUGAGCUAUCAAACUCCAGUGAAUGGCGAUGAUGACGACGACGACAACAUUCUUCCAUCCACUACUUCCUGCUAACACUUGCAAAUCCGGAGCUGUGGCUUUUUCCUUUGUCUCAGUUCCUCGUUCUUCGUCUCUCCAAUUUCGCUCACUUGUUUCGAAUUCUACGUCGAUUUGUGGUCGACGUAAAUUCACCGGCAAAAACAGAAGAGUAUCUGUUACCGUUUCCGCCACCGCAACAACUGAACCUCUCACCGUACUCGUUACCGGUGCCGGUGGAAGAACAGGACAAAUUGUGUAUAAGAAAUUGAAGGAGAGGUCUGAUCAGUUUGUUGCGAGAGGUUUAGUGAGGACAAAGGAGAGUAAGGAGAAGAUCAAUGGACAAGAUGAAGUAUUCAUUGGAGAUAUCAGAGAUCCUGCAGCCAUUGCUCCUGCUGUUGAAGGGAUUGAUGCUUUGGUCAUUCUUACGAGCGCUGUUCCGCAGAUGAAGCCCGGUUUUGAUCCUAGUAAAGGAGGAAGACCUGAGUUCUUCUUUGAAGAUGGAGCUUAUCCAGAACAGGUUGAUUGGAUUGGUCAGAAGAAUCAGAUAGACGCUGCUAAGGCAGCAGGAGUUAAGCAGAUUGUGUUGGUUGGGUCGAUGGGAGGAACAAACAUUAAUCACCCUCUCAAUAGUAUUGGCAAUGCCAACAUUCUGGUUUGGAAGAGAAAGGCUGAGCAGUACUUGGCUGAUUCCGGUAUUCCGUACACCAUCAUCAGGGCGGGAGGUCUGCAGGACAAGGAAGGUGGCAUUCGAGAAUUACUCGUAGGAAAAGAUGACGAGCUACUUGAGACAGAGACGAGAACAAUCGCAAGGGCUGAUGUUGCAGAAGUCUGCGUUCAGGCGUUGCAGCUUGAGGAAGCAAAAUUCAAAGCACUUGACCUGGCCUCAAAGCCCGAGGGAACAGGCACCCCAACAAAGGAUUUCAAGGCGCUUUUUGCUCAAGUAACCACUAAGUUCUGAUUAAGUAUUUUUUUUGCUCUCUUUGUCGUUGUAGCAGAGUCCUAGGAUUGACACUGAGAGGGAUGAGUUCUUUAUGUGUCUGAACCGGCUCUUUUUAUUUCUCAAGGUGUCUUGCCCUAGAAUCUCUAAGUAACAUCAAAAGCUUUUGAAAUAUCUUUAGAGAUCAUCAAAACUCGCUAAUAGCAUUGAGGGACCACAGCUAAUAACUAGGAGCUCAGGUU